AUGCAACGAGAUGUUGUGGCCUUUGUAGAGACGUUUCGAGCUCAUCAGUCAAAUCUUACAGCACCACCAAAUGCACUGACACUUGAUAUCGUCGUGCAAGCCAUUUGUCAUCAUUUCCGUGUUAAUGCAUUUGAAGAGUUAAUGGACAUCCGUGCAUUGCAAUUGCCAAUACUAAAACAGCUACAUACUGUAAACCAACGGGUGUGGACAUUUGUCACAUGUUUUAUACAAAGUCGUCGUAUUCAUACGCUCUUUGAGUGCCAACAAGCUUUUUUACAACAUGAAGGGCUACGGUCUUUCCACGAACUCAAGAUUGGUAACUCCUUUCUUCACACUGAAGCAAUACAACAUCUUUAUUGCUCGCCCGUGACUGUGAUGAAUAUUACGACGAGAGAAGUACUAUGUUGUUUACGCCAAUUUGGAGACAUGAUGGUGCAAGACGCGUUUCGAGCAUCGUCACACAUUAAUUUACACGAGUUUGUGCAGUUUCUAGCUCAACAGUAUCGACAGCCAAGUGCACAAGCAAUGGGAGUGAUGAUUGACCCGUCCGGAUUUGGUCUUUAUGUGGGCAUGCUGCGUCGUAUCGCCAAUCAUGAAAUGAAGGAGAUGAAGACAUUGGAGCAACAGUUUCAGCGCGAAGUUGCUGAAAAGAUGUUCCGACUUACUAAGGAAAAGUUCAGCGACGAGAAUCGUAAACAGGCAUUAGACGAGCUGCUUCAGCAAACCAAUGCACGCUCGAGUAAGAAUGAGGACGAUGAAGAUUCGCAAAAAAGACGUAGAGGCAAGAAAAGUAGCACGCAAUCGCUAUCGUUAGACAUGCUCAAGCGCGUCACUGAUAUUGACGUGUAUCUCGACAACGUGCUGCGUCGUAAAGCUGCUGUGAACGCAAAAAAUCAACACGAGCUGAACAAAUCCAUUUCAUCGCAAGAGAUUGCAGAGACCGAUUCGAAGCUUCGCAAUCAGUUGACACGAUUUCUAGUGUCAUCGCAAAAGAGCAGGCAUCACUCGAGGCUCAAGGUAGUUACUUGGGUGAUCUGCAGUAUCAUGGCAAAGACGUAUGCUUUGCUACUAAGCGAUGACAAGCUUCCCGAUGAUGACGGCUUGAACAGCGAGAACUUGGAGACUGUUCAUAAACUAGCUGAAAGUGAUAUGGAAGAAUGCGAUUGUUGCUGUGUAGGUAAGAACUCUUGCACCUGUUCUUGCACAUGCAAGUGCCAUGUGGAAUCGAGUGACGAAGAAGACGAGGAUAGUGAUCAUCAAGACAAGGCAGCUGACGUAGACGUAAAUACUAAUACUUUAGACAGCGCGGACACAUUUCCUGUGAUGCCGACAGACCCAUUCGCCAGCAGGCUUGGAAAAGUCACCCCAGAAGUGAAUGUGACUCUUGAAGAAGUGACAACCGAGAUUGAGAGCUUUUUGAGCUCUCAACAGUUACGUAUCAAUCAGCCGGUGACUUUGAACGACGUGCUAUUGGUUUUGACGUCUCUCGAAAAUCACUUGCUUGGCAAGUUUUCAGUCAAGAGCAGCAUUGUUUCUUGGGCCGGACGACGAUCUGUUCUAGAACUGUUGUCCCAUCUCACGAGCGAUAAUGAGGACGAAAACGACGAAAAUGAAACCAGUAUAGGCAGAUUGUUGUUUGGCCUUGUGAGUUCUUCAGAUCGAGUUGAUAACGACGCAAGUUCGUCGAAAGCGGUGAGCGAGAAAUGCAUGCAAGAAGAAGUGAUGUCAUUUGUUCGAGAGUGCCGUGCUGCCAUCUCUUUGUCUUCUGCAUUGUCUUCAUUUCCUACUGAAAAGCAGCAGCAAUGGAUAGUACAUCGCGUCCUCGUGCAGCUUGGUUGUACUCGCACUGAAGAGCUUGGGCUUCCGAGUGUUGAAGAACUGGUUGAACUGGUGGAUCAGAAGCCUCAAGAAGAAGAGACUUUGGUGAUUAAGUACGCCGGUAGUUUGGACCUUAACCAGGGUCAUGGCUGCUUCGACAACGCAGUCGCGCGGGUAGGAGCAACAGGUGAGUCUAUACAGAUUAUUUUGACGGAGCAAGCGAUCCAAAAAUUGCGCAAAUGCCCGUACUUGUGUGAUGUAUCGCUGUAUAUGGAUUGGCAAGAGCGGUAUGCACCGAUAUGUGGGUCAUUGCUCUCGUUUAUUCGAGUGCAUGAAAUGAUUUUACUUGAUCAUGCACCGUCAAACAACUUUAUGUUUGUGUGCUGUUUGAAUGGAACGAUUUUGCGUGUCAAUGAGAAAUCAACACCAUCUAAUCUUGAAUUGUUGACUGCACGAGCUGAGCAAGAGCAACGUCUUGUUGCCGCCAGCCAAGUGGCAAUUCAUUUAGUGUCAAUGAUGGUGACGUGCAAGACCCAGGCAAAUUUCCCAAAGCAACUCGUUCAAGCUCAUUUGCGCGCACAUUUGUCAAGCUUUGCCAAGGACCGGAUGGUUGACAGCUACCGGGCACGCUUUGUUUUGGAGGUGCUUAUGGAAACGCCGGUCGAGUUUGCAGACUUCAUAAUGUCAUUACUAUUAGAUGUUAUCGCACAGGAUCUUGUUUCGGGUGUCUCGAAUGAUUGGGGCAUUGCAGAUCAGGUCUGGAAGGCUUGCCGAAAUGAUGUUGAAAGAAAAACGCUUGUGUUUAUUUCGAAUCGAAGCUUGUCGCCGUUGUGGGCAAGCCAAGUCGAGCAGUGGCGAACUGUGCGUGAAAACCUGACCGUUGCAAUCAUGGGCGAUGCUGCUGGUAGUGCUAACGGUGACGGCAGCGAUGUGCCUGAGACAAAGUCUGCACCUCUCACUGAUGCAAGCAAGAGCCAUGACAAAGACAAUAAAAUGGUACGCAGUCUUUUGGACCUUUCUGAUCCUGCAGCAAGCUUUUCUAACGAGCUGCUUGACCAAGAUAGUGAAGAUUGUCCGGCAACUGAGCGUCUGGCUAGCGCUAGUUCGUGUCAGUCGUUUAUCGAAGAUUUACGUAAAAAGCAGUUUGGUGUUGGACUGCAAAGCCUUGACGAGGCAACAACGUCAGUGCUACUAAUCCAGCAGAAGCGGCUAGAGCGUGCACUCAAGCGGCUUAGUGACGAGCUUUAUAGCGAAAGCACACACUUUGUUCUCGAGCUGCUGCAGAACGCAGAUGACAACGCUUAUGACGAUGAUGUGGUUCCACUUGGUGACUUUUCGUUGACGGUCGACAAGAACAUUGUGUUUUACAACAAUGAACGGGGCUUUUCACCAGAAAAUAUUCAAGCAAUUUGUGAUGUGGGUGCAUCUACGAAGGCGGCAGUUAAUUCGGAGGCAAGUAUCGGCAAAAAGGGCAUUGGCUUCAAGAGCGUAUUCAAGGUAUCCGACAACCCACAGGUGCAUUCAAACGGAUUUCACAUUUGUUUUCACGCUAAGAAUUCCCAGCAUGUAAAUGGUAUGGGGUAUAUCUUGCCGUAUUGGCUGAAUGAUACCACUCAAUGGAAGAAGCGUCGUGGCACAACAUUUGUGCUGCCGUUGAACGAAGCAUCAAUGCAUAGAGUGGAUGACAUCUCGCAGUCACUCCUGGCGUUCGAGCCGUCUGUAUUGCUCUUUCUUCGACGUAUUCGCGAGCUUAGGCUUCGCGAUUUGGCUCGGCAGCACACGGUUCAUUUCCUCAAGAAAGAAAAAAAGUUGCAAUCAAAGACGCAUAUAGUUCAGCUGCUGUCACAAGUAAGAAAAAACGAGAAUGACGUGGAUGUGGUGCAGCAAAACUGGCUGGUCGUGAAGCAAACCCUAGAAACCCCGCCGUUAUUCAGUCGUAGUCAUUCAACCGAGAUCGCGCUUGCGCUUCCUAUUGCAGCUCAGCCAAAGGAUUUUUGCAAUCGCGCCGACCGACCACCACUUCAGCAGGUUUUUGCAUACUUACCACUGCGGUCUUACGGCUUCCGAUUUAUUCUACAAGGAGACUUUGACAUUCCGAGUUCAAGAGAAGCAAUCAUCAAUGGAAGUGAGUGGAAUGAGUGGCUUGUAUCCAAGGUCCCAACGCUUGUACGCGCAGGUGUGAGCAGCUACAUCUCAACUGUCGAAAGAGAUGAACUGAGCGACAUUAAAUCAAACGGCGAAAAUGUGGUUGCUGCGAUUUUGCACUUGAUUUCGUUGCUGCCUCUUGAAAACGAGGUGCAAACUCCUUUUCGUAGCAUAAUUCCGGAAAUCAUGCGUGAGCUUCGUCAAGUAAAAUGGCUAGCAGGCGCUUCCUCCACGCCAUCUCCAUCAGUGGGAGAACUGCUUAUGCCAUCAGAAGUAAUCGAUUGUGCGGAGCUGACAGGAAACGAAGUCAGUAAAAACAUGACGACAAUGUUGGGAGCUCUUAGCGACAAUAUCAUGAUGUCAACGCUCAACAAGCGCUUACUGCAUCCUGCAUUGUCUCGAGACAUGUCGUCAUCGAUGAAACGCCAGCUGCGGAUUGAGCAGCUUCACUCGUCACAUUUGAUGCGAGUUGUAUCGCUAUCGGCGGAAAUGAAUGAUAUCGACUGGACGGUAAAGAUACUAGCACUUCUUGCAAAGCUUUGGCGAAAGGACCACAAUUCUCGAUUACUUCGACAGGAACUGCGGUUGAUUAAGUGCUUCCCGCUUCAGCAAAAGGACAGCAUGGACGGUAACAUUAGGUGGGUAUCACUAGCCGAGAGUCAUGACUCAUUGUUUAUGUCUGAUGUCCAUGCGGGUAGCACCAUUCCCAGUCGUGGAGAUUCGUACAAAUUUUACGGCGAUAUUCGCAUCCUGGAUGACAGAUUCAUGAAGGCUGUUUCCAAAAGCACGAAGCUACGCACAUUUCUGACGAAUGAUGUGGGGGGCGUUCACAUGAUUCAGGACCACGAAUUGAUUCGACACUAUAUUAUUCCGAAGAUGACAAUCUUGCGUUUGCUUACUCAUAAUAUGAACGAUUGUGAUACUGGAAAGCUAGACGUCAAGGUGGUGAUUGAAUACGGGCAGUUUUUAUCGUCUCAUCUGGCUUCUUGCUCUAAUUGUCCAAUGUACAUGGACGUGAAAGCGAACAUGGUUGUUGCAGCAACCAGUGGUCGCGUUUUCGUGGGCGGCAUGUCUAACUUGUUCGUGAUCCUACCAUCCACGUUCAACGAGUUAUCUCAUCUAGCUUCGUGGAUUACAGAGAAAGCUGAGGCUUCAAAGACAGGUAAAGACACGUAUGGUGUUGUGUCAGGCGAAUAUUUCUCCGAUAACCGUAGCAAGAUUGAGACGUUUCGUAAGAUGGAUGCUGUGGAUAAACAAUGGCAGAAGUUGCUGGUGGAUGUUUGCGAUUUGCCUCUGCUGUUUGACACGGCAAGCCUUAUGUCAGAUCCACGUUCGCAAGCUGGAAUGAAGCAGAUUUUCAAAUGGAUCGAAGCCGAGGAUGAUAUGGCAGUGAAGCGCAGUAUUUCCAAGCAGUUGGCAGAGCACUUGGACAAAUACUGGAGACCAGAAGAAAGUAAUCUCAACCCCAACAACGUCAGUUCGACUAUUUCCACUAACAGUGAGGGCGAUAUUUUUGACUGGUGGCGUCAAAACUACUGGCUGGAAGGAUCUGAUGGAGAAUUUUACCGCUCGGUUGAUCUAUAUCUGUCGACCGGAACGAGCAGGCGCUUGUUCACACCGACCAUGGUUACGUUCGCCUCAACGGCGUGGAAGAACAAAGACUUCUCCGAAAGAGUUCUUGGUAUGAAAGCGGACGCAAAUGUUUCUGAUGUGCUUUCAGCUAUCUCGAGUCUUUGUGUUGACUCAACCUCGGUAUCUGCGCUUGAAAUUGACCAAAUGGUUCGAAUGUACACGUUCUUAUGGGAGCAAAGUCAACACUCUGAUGCUUGUCGUGACAAAAUUACGGAAACCUUUUCGCGCAAAAUGAUGCUGUUUGUUCCGGCCGAGGCAAAUUCGUCAGGAAAGAAAAAUCGGAAUCGAUUUACACAUAUAAAGAAUGCCGUAUGGUCAUCCACAGCGUACAACGGAGAGCUUUUUGCGCUCGAAACCCAUUAUCCAACGGCACUGUCCACUUUUUUCAUUAAGGUGUGCGGUGUAGAGAAGAAGCCAUCAGUCUCAUCCUUGUGUGGAAUGAUCACCGGGCAAGUAUCCUUCUUGACCAAUGAUGGUAGAAGCAAACGGUGCGGAUCCGAGAAGACCAAGUUGUGGGAAAUGCAGCUACUACCACUGCUGUGUGCACUAUCCAAGAAAGUGAAAAAGCGCUUGCUGUCGAAGAAAGAGACUAAGAUGAUUAAGAGGACCUUGAAAUCAGUUUCCUGGCUGCCAGUCCGAUGCGUGAAUGGGUCUGGCAAUGGUCUACUAUUUUGUAAAAUAGCAGAACAGCCUGUACUAGCGACGACGGAGAUCGAAAAGAAGCUGCAGAAGUUGAUGCUGUCUCUUGGUAAGAACGUUAUCGCAGACCUUGAUGUCAGUCUGAGCGAAGGCAAAAACUUGAAGAAUGAAGAUAUUAGAAUAAUUCAGCUCGAAGCUUUGUCGGACGAUGGAGAUCUGGAGGCACUUCUCAGUUUCGCAAAAGUAUCGACAAUAUCUGCCCACAUCGAGUCCCAUCCAAGCUCCUGGUGUAGGGCGUUUGCUCGUUUCACAAAGUCUUGCCAGCUUGACAGCAAAAGGGGUAGGAAAAAAUUGCUGAAGCUUGGACAGCUUUUGGUAAAAGCUUGGGCUAAUGUAUUUUCCUCGCCUUCAUCAUCGGUUGGCGAAGAGGAGAUCCGGUGGAGUGUGCAACAUUUGAACCUUUUCCCAACGAUUGAUGAGAAUAAUCGAUGGGUGUCCGCUACAAAUCUCUACAUCAAUGACCAAGCCGAGUUGUCAAAGCAAGAUCUACAACAAUCAGGGCAGUUGAAAGUACUUGGAUUGUUUUCGUGGGAUUACUUCGUGGACAUUCGUGCUAGUGAAAGCAGAAGCAGCGAGAUGGUUCGAGUACGCAAGUUUCUCAUCGAGUUUUGUGGUAUGAAGUCGCUCAAAGAACACUUACAGUACGAAGUUACUGUCCUCAGCACGCAGCACCUUGCGAGUACGGCCUUUCAUGAUAAGAUUCGCACUGCAUUGUCUCUGGCCCAGCGAUUCCUUUUCCACAGCUACCGGCAUCUGUAUGACCAACUUCAUCAUGGCUCGAUAGCAAAGCUGGCGUCAGAGCUUCAAUGCGUUUUAGUUGAUGGUCACGAUGGAUUUCAAGUGGUCUAUCGAAUUGGAAAUUUGUGCAGUCUUCGCCGUGGAGUUAAUGCAUUGUCACGUUGCUUCCUUGACGUCCCGAAAAACAUCAUGUACAUGCAAUCUUUGACGGGAGAUGAAGAAGCGAGUGUACUCUCUGUGGUGUUGAUGGAACUAUCCCGUAAACUUUUUGGUGCUCGAGUGGCUUCUAGCGUUGCGAACCUGCUGUAUCUUAGCUUGUUGCAACCUGAUUCUCUAUCGAGAGAGCAGUGGCUAGUAGAGACUCAGCUUUUGCCUCCAUAUUCUGCCAGUGACGCUGGAAGCUUGUGGGUGGAGCAACUUACCACAACGUCAUCUAUUGCUAACAAUGUAAGUCGCAAGCGAACGUCGAAGGACUUUGAAGAUGGCGAGAUUGCUGCAGAGGAUGGUCCAGUGAAGAAACAUUAUGUUUCACUGGGGAAUGACAAAACACAUGAUACUUCGUUACCUUCGUUCGCACCUUUAGCAAACUAUGACACAGCUGGAAAUGGGGGAAGCUAUGGUAUGCAAAUGCAGAGACCUCUGUACCCACCCCUUCCACCAGCAAACGGAAAUACUGACGGAACUCCAUAUUGCCCGACACUAACUGCUUCAUCAUCUCUUAGCACAGGGAUGCAAUCUCUGUUACUGCCGAACACGAUGUCGAAAGAGGAACGAGAGGCUAUCGGUCGCUGGGGUGAGGAGUAUGUGUAUAACCAACUAAAGCAGCAGCACGCUGACAAUGACUCAAACCUAACUGUUGAGUGGGUAAACGAAAAGGAGGAAUCCGGUCUCCCAUACGACCUCACACUCUCCUCAGGAAAUAAAGUCGUUGAGUAUAUUGAGGUGAAGUCCACGCGCACCACGGAAAAGGGCGUGUUCGAAAUUAGUAUGAACGAGCUGGACCAGGCAGCAAUCCACGGCUCGACAUACUGUAUUUAUCGCGUGUUUAACGCCGGCAACUCUGCGUUGUGCCGAGUCAUUCGCAUGAAGAACCCUGUAUCGCUGGUGCGCCAACGCAAAAUUCAGCUAGCUCUCGUCAUGCAGUAA